AUCGUCUCCCUCAUCCGGUCCUAUUGCCAGAACAACAUGUACCUGUGUAUCUGUCUCUCUCUCUAAAGAGCCAGCGACUUCUCUGCGAAAUCAUCCGACAAUCAAACCCUAGGGGUUCACUGAUUCAGAUGUGCAGUUGAAUUCAAUUUAUAUGCAAAAAUCUGUAUAUCCGUUGAGCAUCUCCAUCCGACUUCGGGAACCCUAGAUCCGGCCGCGCAGUCCUUCGGAGAUCUGUUUGGGUAUUCCUCAGAAUUUGACGAUAUGGAUGCUUUCCACAGAUCGAAUCCGCAGGUCACGCAGAUGCCAACUGCAACGGCGGCGGCGGCCGCAGCGCCUGUGGCGUCAGCUGAGGAAGAAGCUAUCAAGAAAAACACGGAUUGCGUUUACUUCCUCGCUUCACCUCUUACGUGCAAGAAGGGAAGUGAGUGUGAGUAUCGCCAUAGUGACAGUGCUCGGCUUAAUCCAAGAGAUUGCUGGUACUGGUUGAAUGGGAAUUGCUUAAACCCUAAAUGUGCCUUCAGGCAUCCUCCUCUCGAUGCAUUAGUAGGCCCUGAAGCCCUAAAUCAUGCUGAAACAUUCAUGCCUCCUGCACAUGCUAUGGCCGCUGCAGCACAGAUGCCAUAUGUUUCUAAUAAACACGGAGUUCCUUGCAUCUUCUUUCAGCAAGGGAUUUGCAUGAAAGGUGACCGGUGCUCUUUCUUUCAUGCUCAAACCUCUCUGGCUAACAAAGCCCCACAGAAGCAAGGUGCUCUUCCACCCACCACUGAGGCUGCUCCUAAGAAGACCUUUGGUGCGCUUGAAAAAUGCACACAAUUGAAAAACAAUCCACAAAUAAAUGCCCUGAAGAGCGGGGGCAUACCAACUGCAGCAAAGCCAGUAGUCAAAGAAGGCUUGCCGCUGGCAAAGAACCACUUUCUUGCUGACAAAAACACAACACCAUUAUCUGUAAAUGAUGAUGAACGUUCUAAGUAUAAAGCAACAAGUGUUCCUGCUAAUGGAAAUCCUGUCAGCAGGACAAGCCAAAUGCAACCUGGCUUUGAUGAUCAUGACGACAACCUGCACAAUAAGGAUGAGGAGGUCUCAAGGGAGGCGUCUCCUGGCUUUGAUGUUCUGGUGGAUGAUGAGCUUAGAGAUUCUGAUUAUUACCCGGUUGAAGAUCAAUACGGAGGAGCUGGAGACCAUGAGAGGAGUGAAUAUGAUGCCAACCCCUCAGCCGAUUACUCAAUGGGAGGUAUUGACCAAGACGUGUACCGGGAGGCACAUAAUGAUUAUGAAAAACGUUAUGGUUGGGAGCAACGUGGAGUUUCAUCAGAGAGGAAACAAGUGAGAUCAUAUCCUGAUAGGAGACAUCAUGGCAACAAUACUAACAGCUUGGAUCACGUUCGCGAGUCAGAUUUAAGACAUAGGUUAUCGAAACCAAGAAAGGUUAAUGGUUUACGUUCAGUCAUUAGCAACGAACAUACUCAUCAUGAAAAACGUGUUGAGGGACGGGGGAACUAUCGGGGAUCCUGGAGAGAGAGAAACAAUUUAUCAUCUUCACAUGAAAGUUCUUCCAUUAGCAGUCGCCUUCAGGGCCGGAUAAGUGUUCCUGUCAGAUCUUCACCGCUUGAUGUUGCUGAGAUUCGGCCAGAAGUGGACAGGAGCCGAGAUCGUGACAGACUGUCUCACGGAAGGCUUCAAGAGAGAAUGAGAGGAAGACUGCAAGAGGAUCCUGGUUUUGUUGUGGGUAGACACAGCAGAGGCCCACUACUAAGAAGAGACGUGUUUGGUGAGGAUGAUGCAAAUUUUGCUGCUCCAAAAAGUUUAUCUGAGCUGAAAGGAAAGAAGAGUGGUGUCGAAAGGAAUGGGGAAUUGUCCCACCUAGGGAAAAGGAAGUCCCAGCAAAAUUUUGAUGACCUGCAAUCAUCAGGAGGGGGUGAUCUUUCGUUUGAAGGGCCAAAGCCUUUGGAAGAGAUUUUGAAGCGAAAAAGACGAGCCAGUGAUAAUAAUAGUGGAGACCACAAUAAUCACCAAAGGGAAAACACUACAGCCACAAUCCAACCUUCCUCUUUUCUUAAGGAAGACGUUCAACCACCUUCUCUCUCAUCAAGCAUCAACCACAGUGGCAAACUUGAGAACAAUAAAUCAGUUGAAGAUGAUCUUGAGGUUGAAGAUGGAAUGGUAGCUGAUGAAGAAGGAGCCGAGUACGAAGAUGAUGUGGCAGAAGGCUAUGAAGGCGACCCACAGGGCGGGGAAGAAGAAGACUACUACGAGCAAGUCAAUGGAGAUGAAGAAGAUGUCAAUUUGAACGACCAUGGCGAGAAUGUGGACCCCGAGGAUGAGGAAUAUCUAUACGAGGACGAAGAUGCUGAUGACUUCGCAAAAAAGAUGGCCGUUGUUUUCUCAUGAAUUGGACACCUAUGCCUUGUCUUAUUGUUCAUCAUUCACUGACUACUGCUGCUGCUGCUGCUGCUCUUGGUUAGCUUUGAAAUCAUUUUCUGAGAGAUAGAGAGAGGGCAGCGAGACCAUAUAAACAAUUUCAUCUUUUUUGUGAGUAGAGUAAGCACUUAUAUUUGUACUGCUUCUCUUUGUAUUAUUUGUUACAUUAUUGGCAUUGUUCUCAUUGCAGCACUCCCACCCAUUGCAUUGCCCGAAGGGGUCGUGUGGCAUUAACACAUAGAUUUGCCUAAUAAUAAUUUCACUUUUAU